GCCGAGACAGCCCCAGCCCAGCCCACCUCCCAUCUAAUCCCAUCCACCACGCGAAUUUUCAGAAGCUCCAGUCGAUAGUGAUGGCAUCCCAUCCAACCCAUCCUACCCACUCACAACCUCCAUCUCACCCUACCUACCUUACCUACAUGGUACUUGGCGUUGUCCUCGUGAUGAGCGUGACAAGUUCUGAUUGAGUUCGUUCCAUUCCCGUCCGCAUUUUCUGUUUCUCGAAAUCUCGACGUCUUGUUUUCCUGCCUUGAGCAUUGCCUGCCUUGCCUGCCUGCCUGAACCCGACGCUUUAUCAACGGGGCGCCCUCCCGACACCCUCCCCUCCGUCACCAACGCUUCGUCUUCCCUCGGCAACCAUCCAGAGCCUUGCCGAUGCCCACCACCACCAACACCAUCUUCGCUGCCAACACUGCGAUCGCCGCCGCCGCCGCCGCCGCCACGCCUACCGCGACAAUCUCACCUUCCUCGUGCUCCUCCCCCUCUCCCACCGCCGAUACCCCCUUCGAACACGCGCCUUUCUUUGUCAUGAACCCUCGAGUGUCCUGCCCGGCAUUGUGAAGGACGACAGGUCUGCAUGCAGCCGUGCAUGGUCUGUGGUGAAAGGAAGGAAGAAGGGCAGGCAACAUGGCCUCAAACAACCGCGCGCAGGGCUCCGUGCAAAAUGGAACCUCGGGGUUCAACCUGAAUCCGGCCCUUCUGCUCAAUCCCAGAAGCUACGCCGCCUCGCCUCAACCUGCCGGACCAAACACCAUCACCAGGCCCGCCAACAGACCCAGCAAGCCAGCCGAGGUCGAGUUCCAGUUCCCUAACCCUCACGACAGUUAUACCAGCACGAACAGCCAGCCGGCUCGUGCCAAUGGUCAUGCUGCGCCUCACUUCAGCGGCUUUGGCGAUAUGAUCGAUCGCAUAAACCAUGUUGAGCAGCGAACGCUGGUUCCUCAAUCGAAACGCCGUAAACUCGAGACCGAAGACUCUGAACCGAAACGUGCGUUUGGCGCCAACGGUGGUGGCCUCGUCGGCCAGUAUGUCAGGGAAAAGCGAGGGGAAGCCUCCAAUCACCAAGUCCCGACACAACCUGUCGAGGCCGUCGACCUGACUGAUGCUACGGAAGAAAACGAUCUCGUCGUGGUACAGGCGCCAAAGGAGGAAGAGGUCUGCUAUGGCAUGAUCCAGCACGCGAGGCUGAAUUGCCAUAUCGUCCCGAGCCCCAAACCUGGCGCCAUAGCGCUGAUGCCGUCUUGGUGGCCGCAGGUCAAAAUUGUGCUCAGGAGAAAGCAUGGGGAGCCGUCUUUCGCUAUCCAUGCUUACGAUUUUACGCGCGAGAUAGUUGGAACCGUCGACCCCGACACGUCAUCCGGCCUCGCCCCGCUACUAGACUCCCGCUUGCAGCUCAGGACGGACUGUAGAAUACCCACGAGACAGAGGAACCCCGGAGAGGAGAUUGGCAAGGAAACAUCUACCAGUUACACCCUUGAUCUCAUGCUCUACGGCCCUCGCAAGAGCGCUAGAGCCGUGGCGAACCACCUCUCCCAGAAGAACAUUUGGCUUCGUAACCCCCCUAGAGUCGAUCCCGGUAUCAAGUACGAGAAUCCUCAGCUUGCAGAGGGACCGAGGCCACCGCCUGUCGUCAAGGAUCGAUCUAACAUGCCGGUGGCCCCUCCGGCUGGUCCGCCCUCGAUGAUGCGUACUGCCGAAGAAAUUCGCUCCGAGGUGAUGGGUGUCUUCGAUUCCAUCACGAAGAACGAGGAUCUCCCCGAGAUGGAACCUGGUUCUCGAAUACAGACGGAUUUGUUGAAGCAUCAAAAGCAAGGUCUUUUUUUCAUGACCAGAAAAGAACGGCCACGCCAGCUGAGUGACGACGGUACGAUCACCGACUCCUUCUGGCAGAUCCGUACAGGCAAUAGCGGACAGAAGGCCUAUUAUAACGUAAUCACCGGUCAUUCGCAACGCGAACCACCCCCAGAAACGUUUGGUGGUAUCCUCGCCGAUAUGAUGGGUCUGGGGAAGACCCUGAGCAUUUUGUCUCUCGUCGUCAGCUCGCUCGACGAAGCGGAGCAAUGGUCGAGUCUCCCACCCGUCCAGCCGCAGGCCCCUCCCGCACCAAAGAACGGAAGUACUUCGCAGCAGUUCGAUGUGCCUAUCCCGCAGCCGUUAGGGUUAACCCGUCUGAGACAGAACGGCAGGGCGACGCUCUUGAUAUGCCCUCUCAGCACGAUCACUAACUGGGAGGAGCAAAUCAAAAUGCACGUCAAACCUGGCCAGCUCAAGUACUACGUCUACCACGGGUCCAACCGUCUCAAAGACCCCAAGAAGCUUGCCGAAUUCGACCUCGUUUUGACGACUUACGGGUCCGUUUCCAGCGAGGUUGGUGCCCGUAAGAAAGGGAGGCAGGGCCCGUAUCCCCUCGAGGAAGUGGGUUGGUUCCGUGUGGUUCUCGACGAGGCUCACAUGAUACGAGAGCAAGCGACGCUGCAAUUCAAGGCUAUCUGUCGCUUGCAGGCCAACCGUCGAUGGGCAGUGACCGGCACCCCCGUGCAGAACAAGCUGGAUGACCUUGCCGCACUGCUAGCCUUCCUUCGCCUUAAGCCUUUUGAUGAGAAGACUAAGUUCACACAGUAUAUAACAUCGCCGUUCAAAGUGUGCGAUCCUGAGAUUGUCCCUAAGCUUCGCAUCCUCGUUGACAGCAUAACGCUAAGGCGAUUGAAGGACAAGAUUGAUCUCCCUCCUCGGACGGAUGAGAUCGUGAGGCUCAACUUUACUCCUGCCGAGCGCAAACUUUACGACCUGUUCGAAAAGAACGCAUCUGAUAAGGUCAGAGUUCUGUCAGCAGGGAGAGAUACGAUGGUCGGCGGCAAGACGUACAUCCAUAUCCUCCAGUCGAUCUUGAGGCUUCGUCUCAUAUCUGCGCAUGGUAGAGAUCUCCUUAGAGAUGAGGAUCUAGACGCUGUGCAGGGCAUGACCCAGGAUUCUGCUAUCGACCUCGACAGUGACGAAGAGAACGACACCCCGGUAUUGGCGGAGUCGAAACUCUACGGGGUGUUUGAAUUGAUGCAAGAGACCAACAGCGACUUAUGCAUCGCGUGUUCACGGAAGAUCGGCUCGAACGACGGCGCGGACAUCGCGUCUGAGCGCGAAGAGGACAUCCUCGGCUACAUGACCGCUUGCUUUCACCUUUUCUGCACCAAUUGCAUUUCGACUUGGGAGGAGGAGGUCGGCAACCAUGGCUCAGGGACGUGCCCCGUCUGCCAAAGCCAUGUUCGCUUCGGCUACAACGAGAUCCGCAAGAGCAAGGCCGAGGUCGAACACGAAGGUCGCAAUCAACCGCGCAAGCAAGAAAGCAAGGUUCGAACUAGAGACGGCUAUGCCGGUUAUUCGGGUCCUCACACGAAAACGCGUGCAUUGGUCGAGGACCUCCUGAAGGCGAAGGCCGAUAGCGAAGCCCGACCGGACGAACCGCCCUUCAAGUCGGUCGUCUUCUCGGGUUGGACAACCCAUCUAGACCUUAUCCAGAUCGCGCUAGACAAUGCGAAAAUCGGAUACACUCGUCUCGACGGCAAGAUGAGCCGCACAGCUAGGACGGCGGCCAUGGAUAGCUUUCGAGACGAUAGCUCGGUGCACGUCAUUCUAGUAUCGAUCAUGGCUGGCGGCUUAGGUCUGAACCUGACGUCGGGGAAUUACGUAUAUGUAAUGGAGCCCCAGUACAACCCAGCAGCGGAGGCGCAGGCUGUCGACCGUGUGCAUCGUCUCGGUCAGACGAGACCGGUGCGCACGGUCAGGUAUAUCAUGCGGGGCAGCAUCGAAGAGAAGAUGCUCGAGCUCCAAGAGAAGAAGAAGAAGCUGGCGAGUCUCAGCAUGGACCGGAAUAGAGUCAUAGACAAGGCCGAGGCGGCGAAGCAGAAGCUCAUGGACUUGCGCAGCCUCUUCAGAUGAGAGAGGUUCUGGCCGAGUCGCUUACGGUCUGCGGUUUGCUGGCCUCGUGCUGCGGCAUCCUCGGGGGACCGCUCUGCUCUACCGUCGAUUUCACAGGCGAGAAAGCUCGCGGUUGGUGGGUUCCGAUGAGGAGUUUAGUUGGUUCGUGUUGCAUUCGCAUGGCGUUUUGAGGGUUAGAGGCCGCCUGUCGAAGGCAGGUCGGCUGGCAUUCUUGAAGAGCCAGAGGGGGGUGAAAAGGGCCAACUGCGAAUACGACAAGGUCCAGCAACAACAACAAAGAUUCAAGACACGCUCUCGCGAGAACGGUAUAUGGGCCACACCGGGUCAGCCCAGGGUUUGGAGGGAAAGGGGAAACACAUUUUCUAGAAGGCAGGGGAAGUGUGGUGACGCGAAUAUCCCCGUCGUCAUCAUCCCACGACAACAACGCCUCCUAGAGACGGAGCCGGCUGGUCGUGCAGAUGGUUUGACGUUGUGCCGUCAUCUCCCCCCUGCGCCUUUCUUCUUCUACACUUGUAAACUUUUUGUACUUCGCGCUCGAUACCAAAAUUAGGGGUGGGGGGUGUUUCUUGGAGGCGCGAGCUCUGCUCGUUUCGGGGGGUAGGCCUUAGGAGAUAACCCGCUGUACCACGCGGCGAGGAAUUUACUCAUGAUUAAUGCCAUCUCUCUCUG